AUGCAGUUAGUGCCUGUCAACAAGUCACUAUCGCGUGAAAAAUUGAAGAAAGUUGCCAAAGAAGUUGAACAAGAAAAGGAGAGGAGAUAUUUUAGGGAUGAAAAUAAAGGGCUUCAGGCUCAAUUGAGGGAUACAGCCGAGGCUGUUCAGGCGGCUGGCGAAUUAGUUGUGCGGCUUAAAAAAGCAGAAGAAGCAGUGGCUGCAGCGGAGAACCGGGCUAUAGUGGCUGAGGGAGAGGCUGAAAGGGCCUACAUGGAGAGAGACAGGUUGGUUCGGUUGCUUGCAGCAGACACUCGCACUCUAAAUGAAGGGUUUGCUGCUGGGGAGGGUAUUCACGUUGAUGAUGGUAAUCAGCAAUGGCGAGAGGAAUUUGCUCCCUCUUAUGGCAUAGAAGAAGAUCCCAGUUCAUGGUUUGCUGGAUACGACCGUUGCAACAUAUAUAUACAAAUUUUCAGCUGGUUUGUUGCGUUUUAG